UGUUGUCAACAGUCCUCGCCUUCUGAAAAGUCUGCUGGAGGAAAAGAGCAUGGCCGUCUGGAUCUCCCUAGUCUUGGCAGCUACCGUCCUAUGGGCGCUGUACACGUGGCGCAAAAGGAAGUUUUCCUACUUCAAGGACAUGUGCGUACCUGGGCCAGAACCAAGCCUAAUAUUUGGGAAUCUGAUGGAGAUAAGGCGAAGGGGUGGUGCGGCGAUGUUUGCUGAAUGGAUAAAGAAGUACGGGAAUAUUGUCGGAUUCUACAACGGUGCCAUUCCUUUCCUCUUGGUCAACGACCUAGAGUUGCUGAAGAGAGUGGAAAUCGAAGAUUUUCACAAUUUCACCGAACGAGGGAUUGUCUUCGAGGUCCAGGCCGUGCCCGACAUUCGGCAGAGGCUCAUCGUCACUGCUCCGGUGAACCGCUGGCGCGAGAUGCGUGCCGUGCUCAGUCCCGCCUUCACCACCAAGAAACUGUCGCAGAUCUUCGUCAUUAUGGACGAAUGCAGCGACACAAUGAUCGAGCUGCUCCACCAGAAGGCGGCGGCGGACGAGGCAGUGGAGGUGUCGAAGGCCUUCAGGCGCGCCACCAUGGACACCAUGUUCAAGGCGGGCUACGGCGUCGACCUCAAUGUCCAGCGGAGCACUCCUGGAGGGCCCCUGGAUCAGAUGGGCGACGGUGCUGGGGCGCUGCUACGGAGAGUGCCCCUGCAAGGAAUCAGUUUUCUAUCCAACUGCUUCCCGGAGCUGCAUCACCUCUGGUUCCUUCUCUCAUGGGUGACGUCACGGCUGGUGGUACCUUACUUCACUCUGACCACGAAGCUCAUCCAGCCGGUUAUGUCCGAGAGGCGGGCGAAGGCGCUGCGUGAGAAAGCUGAUGUUCUGCAGCUUCUUCUGAACAAGGAAAAUACGGGAGAGCUGUUCAAGAGCGACGCACACGGAUUUGACGGGAAAACGAAGCUGGCGCUAACGAGAGAAGAAGUGAUCGCGAAUUCGGCAUUUUAUUUGAUUGCCGGCCUAGAAGCGACACCAAACACGAUGGGCCUCACUCUGCACCUUCUCGCGUUGCAUCCUGAGAUUCAAGAGAGGCUACAGGCUGAGAUCUCGGAGGUACUCCAGAAAGACGGCAAGUUUACAUCGAAGAACGUGAUGGAAAUGCCCUACAUGGAUAUGGUUUUGAACGAAUCUAUGCGCUUUUACACUGGAGUAGUCGGCUUUGUGACACGGCGUGCAGCAAGCGACUUUGAAUUCAAGGGCACCAAAAUUCCCAAGGGUCUCAGCAUCAUGGUGCCGGUGACUUACCUACAUCACGAUCCCGAAGUUUGGUACGAACCAGAAAAGUUCGAUCCAGAAAGGUUCAACCCUGAAAACAAGUCACAGAUCCACCCGGCCAGCUUCCAGCCUUUUGGGAAAGGCCCCCGGGAAUGCCUUGGAAAAAAUUUUGCUCUCGUCGAGAUGAAACUGAUGCUCUCCAAGUUCCUCACUAAUUUUCGGGUAAUCGUUGAUGAUGAGCAUCACAAGGAACCUAUCAAGCUCAGCUCGGCGUUCAUCACCACAGUGGUCCACGAUGGCAUCUGGCUCAAGCUUGAGAAAAUGCAGCGCGAUCCAAGCACAGGUUCAAUGAGGAAAGCCCACACGGCAGCACUUGAAGCCGGCAUCAACGCUUAGCCGCUUUCUCGACAAUUUUCACCUGUACGUUACCUCACUGUUUGGAUCUUGAAGGUUGCAACCGCUCUUAGUUCAGUAGCUGUUAGAUCUCUAGCAGGCGCAGCAGUACACGUGUUAUUUCUCAGGACACCUCACAUAGCCGGAAUCGAAAUGACUUGUCUCCU